AUGUCAGAACCAAUCCCAUACACUAAUGUUGAACAGGCUGAAGUAUCUGUAAUGUUUCUGAUACCAGACCAUUAUAUACAAGAUUGCAACACUUCACUUGUAUUUGAACUCUAUGGUAAAAUCUUGAUAUAUGGAAAAGAGCCGUUAAUGUCUCGAUUUGGAAGUGCGUUUGUACCAAAGACAUUGAAAUCGUGUCUGGUGCUUCCCAUUCUAUCACUUCCAAGUCAUCGCGAACCAAACGAGUUGGUUAUAGGCAGUUUGCAUAUUAUUGAAAUGUGUAUUUCUGCAGUAGGGGCUCGCUCAGUUGCCAAUCUACAAGCAUUUUAUUUAGUGACUCGUACUCGGGUGCCGGUUAAAUCUUACGUAAAAACAGUUGAAACAGGACUAGAAAAAUCAAUCUAUACUCUCUUGUUAGAUACACUCGAAAAGCAUACAUUGGACGCACUUGACAAAAUUGCACUGUUCCCAUGCAAACAUCCUUGUCACGUCACUGCAGCAUGCUACCACUCCAAGGUAUCUAAUCAACAAGAGUCUCAUUCUGGCGCACUUUCUUUAGUCCGGAAUAGAUUGAAUGGGAUCUAUCGCAAUCAACUGUUGCAAAUUGAGCACCAUCAGAGUCAGGCGAGUGUGAAUGGGUUUGGCCAUCGCGACUCAAAACUUGUAACCAAACAACUAUUAUGCUUGAAAGGUCUUGACAAAAAAGUUUGUGUAUAUUAUCAAUCAUGUAUUCUUGAAAUGGAGCAACUGCACCAGGAAUCGCUAAAAUAUAGUGAAACAAGCAGCGAAACGUAUCCCUCAUUUGACCAUAUUGACAAGGUAUUCAUUUCGCUUGGCUUAAAAUCAACAUCAAGUAAAUUACGUGGUCUGGCACAACAAAUGCAAAAAGAGUUUCAAGUCAUUGCUACAAUUGCAAAAUCAUCCUCUGGAUAUCACGUAGCAAGCUCCGAACUUAUAUCACAGAUCAACAUUGCAAUAGCAGCCAUUGCCAACACCGUUCAAACCAUCACUCGCCACAUUGCUUGCAUAGUGUCUGAUAUUUCUAGUUUUGAUCCUAAAUUACUUGUACAAAUCCGUCAAAUCGAUAUGUCCAUACAAGUCUUGUCAGGUAACGGGUUGUCUACAAGACAAAAGAAUGCUCAACCUGCAUCAAUGCGUUUACAAUCUCCAAGUACUAGAGCAUUCACACCGUUUAUGAAUAGCAGAAAUAAUUCGAUCAACGAUGUUUGUGAUCUAGCUGCAUGUGUAGUGGAUCGAACAAUGCUACUUAUUGAAAAUCUGACGCCAGCUCAAACUCCGUGUGUAGAGCGUAUUGCAGAUCACUCUUGGUCAGCUCAAGUUCUGUAUGAUCCCAUCACGCUUCAGUUGAUUUCCACUAUUGCUACAGUAUUUACCACCACCCUUUACGCGUGGGUAGCUGAAGAGUCUUGGUUUUAUCCAGAUUGGAGCUACCAAGACUCUGACCAAAUGCAAAAACACAGUUGUCGCGAAACAUGCGUGGAUAUUUUCAUUUCAAGGAUAUGGCCAUUUUUGGCCGAGGUGGGAUACGCUGUUCCAUUUGGUAUCAAUGAAACUCGGAAUCUGAUUGCAUCUUAUGGUGUGUCUCUCGUAUGGCAGGUGAUUGUUGAAUUGCGGCAUCGACUUUGUUUAAACAUUCAUCCAGAAAAUGUCAGUACUGUAUGCGAUUCAAGCAAUGGAUCUCCACUACCCACACCCUUUCGAAUCACGAUUGACACCAUGUGCAUAUGUAUAUCUGUACCGAUUAAAAGCGACAUAUACCACAAAAUCACAAUGAAUAAUACUCACAACCCAAUCAAAGUUAUUCCGUUGCUCUCAGUUUCGUUUGAUCCAAAAUUGUUUGGCCGUCAUACACAAGAGUCACUAUCGCAUGAACGUUUUCCUGGACCAUCGUUUCAACUUGCUUGCAAAGUAAAUGAAAAUACAACACAUACUUUAAAGUUGUAUCUCAGCCAAGUUCAAACGUGGAAAAACAGACACGCUAAAAACAAGGGCAUGCCAUCAACAUGCUUUUCUAGAUUUAUCCCAGAUACGUUCAGUGCUCUUGUAAAAGCCGACAGAGAUGCUCAAGUCAACUUAAACCAAAGAUUGGCUGUGUUUCAGGGCAAUCACGCGGCGUAUAUAAAAAGUAUUGGCAUACAAAACCAUAAGCCCGUUUCUUUAAUACCGCAAGAUUCUUUUAAGCUGGUGUGUAGACUCUUGCGCGAAUUAAGCUCAUCAUUAACUCCUUUAUCAGUAUGCCAUUGUACCUACCCAUCACUCUUCACACCCUGCGCACUCGAAACUCCAUCUCAAACACAUCAAACAACAGAUUAUGGGUCCACAUCACUAUUCAAUUGCCAUGAACAAGACGCAAUCGAAAAAGUCCUUACGGAAGAUUAUCCAAUAUUGUGA